AUUUGAAUCAGUCGGUAUUCAAUAAUUAGACUAGUGGAAAAAAUAUCCAUCACAACCUCAUCAAGGCAAAGUUGAACCUUCACUCCCCAAAUGGAAAUGGGGUGUGUUUUGCAUAUAUGAAAGCUACGCUCUCUGACUCCAAUAAUUCAACAACCAAAGAAUCAGAAUCUCAGAGCUAUAUCAACCCACUAAUCUCUUCAUUAGAAAGGAAAAUAUGGAUCUUGAAGAUUGGGAGCUUCUUCCUGAUGAUGAUGGAGGCAAGAUGGUUUUUUCAAGAAAAUAUACCAACAAUGAUUUCAACAUGAAUUAUUUCAUUUGCCCUUGUCCAAAAUCAUCCCAAUUUGUCGACUCAACAGAGCAUCCUCAAAUAGUACCUUUUCCAAUUCAGCUGGAACCAAGUUUUCAAGAAACCACUAAUGAUCAUGAGGUUAUUACCAUCAAAAACAUAUUACCAUCAAAAAACAUUUGUGACAACAGUAUGAUGGAAGCUGACCAAGUCUCAUCACAAGUUUUCUUCAAGAAAAUGAAGGAAAACAUGAAACUAGACUCACCAAAGUCCAAUAACAAGACCCUUUUGUCGCAAGUUGAUGCAGACCCUUUUCAGUUUGAGGAACAAGCAGAAGUGCUGGAGGUUGAUAAAGAGAUGGUGAUCAACAAAAUUGGCAUGGAAGCAGAGAAUAGGGAAGACAACAAUAGUGCUGGAAUAAACCUGUUGAACAAGAGUUUGAAUGGAAUUGGUGCUAUUUGCUCUUUUGCUGCUGCUACUAUUUGCAUCAUCUUUAUGGGCAAUCACCAAAACAAUAAGCAAAAUCAGCAGAAGCGUCGGUUUCAAAUCUUUUCUAAUGACAAGAGGAUCAAGCAAGUAGUUCAUCAUGCAACCAAAUUGAAUAAUGAAGCAAUUGCAGCAGUGAGAGGAGUUCCAGUUACAAGAGCACACAUAACAGUUGGAGGUUACUAUGAUGCUCUUUAAAGCAACGUUCCAGAAUAUUUAUCAGCCUCGUCGAACCUUUUAUGUUUCAUUAGAUUCUAGUAUAUAGACAAGGAUCAUUAGAUAUAUGUUGUAUAUGCAUAUUCCCAAAUUCCACGAGAUUAUAAUAAGGUUGUUUAUUCUGAAGAAAUUGGAGUUUGGCUCAUAUUUAAAGAAAGACAAUACUAUGACAUGAAUGUAAUAUUUUGUGGUGAAUUUCAUGUGCUUUUUAUUUGUG